UCUAACAUUGCUUUGUCUCCAUUUUUCAAGAGCCGUUGUUGGCUUUGGCUGCGCGGACUCCAUACGCAGCAGAAUCUUCACUGUUCACCAAUGGAGUCUUCUGACAACAACAAGAAAGAGCAAGUGCCACCCACACCCGAAGACCCCGAGAAGAAAAAGAAGAAGGAAGAAAAGGCAAGAGAGAAACAAUUGAAGAAAGAGAAGUUUCUUCAGAAGCAAGCUCAGCAACAAGCACAACAAUCAUCCAAUGCUUCUAAAAAGAGUGAAAAGAAAACUGUGAAGCGCGGUGCAGAGGAUGAGAAUCCUGAAGAUUAUAUUGAUCCCGAGACUACAUUGGGUGAUAAGAAACGUAUGUCUAGUCAAAUGGCAAAACAGUACAGUCCAACUGCCGUGGAAAAAUCGUGGUAUGAAUGGUGGGAGAAAUCAAGGUUGUUUGUGGCAGAUGCUAGCAGCUCCAAACCACCUUUUGUUAUUGUUUUGCCUCCACCAAAUGUGACUGGUGCUCUCCAUAUAGGUCAUGCUCUAACAGCUGCAAUAGAGGACACAAUGAUUCGUUGGAGAAGAAUGUCUGGAUACAAUACUUUGUGGGUGCCUGGGAUGGAUCAUGCCGGGAUCGCAACACAGGUAGUUGUGGAGAAAAAGAUAAUGCGUGAAAGACAACUAACCAGGCAUGAUCUGGGCCGUGAGAAAUUUAUCUCUGAGGUAUGGGAGUGGAAAAACAAGUAUGGUGGCACGAUAUUACAACAAUUACGCCGAUUAGGAGCCUCUUUGGAUUGGUCUCGUGAGUGCUUCACAAUGGACGACAGAAGAUCUAAGGCUGUGACAGAGGGUUUUGUGAGGCUUUACAAGCAAGGCCUUGUCUAUAGGGACCUUCGUUUAGUAAAUUGGGAUUGUGUGUUACGGACGGCAAUAUCUGAUAUUGAGGUGGAUUACAUUGAUGUAAAAGAAAGGACUCCACUAAAGGUUCCAGGAUAUGACAAACCAGUGGAAUUUGGAGUUUUAACAAAAUUUGCAUACCCUUUGGAAGGGAACCUAGGUGAAAUUGUUGUUGCCACGACUAGAAUAGAAACUAUGCUUGGUGACACUGCUAUUGCUAUACAUCCUGAUGAUAUCAGAUACAGCCAAUUUCAUGGAAAAUAUGCUAUUCAUCCAUUUAAUGGCAGAAGACUUCCUAUAAUUUGUGAUGCCAUCCUUGUGGAUCCGGAGUUUGGGACAGGUGCUGUUAAGAUUACACCUGCCCAUGAUCCAAAUGAUUUUGAGGUGGGAAAACGUCACAACCUUGAAUUCAUUAAUGUUUUCACUGAUGAUGGGAAAAUAAAUUCUAAUGGUGGCUCUGAAUUUUUGGGCAUGCCACGAUUUAAAGCUCGAGUAGCAGUAACUGAAGCAUUACAGAAGAAGAGUCUUUAUAGAGGUUCUGAAAACAAUGAGAUGCGCCUUGGUGUAUGUUCUAGAAGCAAUGAUGUUGUGGAGCCCAUGAUAAAGCCCCAAUGGUAUGUCAGUUGCAAUGACUUGGCGAAGCAAGCUCUUCAUGCUGCGACGGAUGAGGAAAACAAAAAGCUAGAGAUUAUUCCAAAACAAUAUUUGGCUGAUUGGAAGAGAUGGCUAGAAAACAUACGUGAUUGGUGCAUUUCACGGCAGCUAUGGUGGGGUCACCAAAUACCUGCAUGGUAUGUCACUGUAGAGGAUGACAUACUGCAGGAAUUUGGUGCUUACAACGAUCAUUGGGUGGUGGCAAGAAAUGAAAAGGAGGCCCAAGAUGAGGCUAGCCAAAGGUAUAAUGGAAAGAAGUUUCGUUUAGGCCAGGAUCCUGAUGUUCUUGAUACGUGGUUUUCUUCUGGUCUGUUCCCAUUAUCUGUGCUGGGAUGGCCUGAUGACACAGAAGACCUGAAGGCAUUCUAUCCAACUUCUGUUUUGGAAACUGGCCAUGAUAUCCUCUUUUUUUGGGUUGCUCGUAUGGUGAUGUUAGGAAUGAAGUUGGGUGGCGAUGUGCCUUUUAGAAAGAUUUAUUUGCAUCCCAUGAUUCGUGAUGCACAUGGGCGCAAGAUGUCCAAGUCUUUGGGGAAUGUUAUUGAUCCCAUUGAAGUAAUAAAUGGGAUAUCUCUGGAAGGCCUACAUAAGAGGUUAGAGGCCGGUAACCUGGACCCCAAAGAACUAGCUACUGCCAUAGAGGGUCAGAAAAAGGACUUUCCAAAUGGUAUUGAUGAAUGUGGUGCUGAUGCUCUCCGUUUUGCACUGGUCUCGUACACAGCUCAGUCUGACAAAAUUAACCUAGAUAUUCAAAGGGUGGUUGGGUAUCGCCAAUGGUGU